UCUCCUCCUUCUUCGCCUGAAGAACUUUUCCUGUUACUCUCCCUUCCUUAUCUCUCUCCUUCUUUACCCCUCAUUUCUUUCUUUUCUUCUUCAUCUUCUUGCUUUUAUCUUAAUAUCUCAAACCCCAGAAAGGAUCAAUUAUUUUUGUCCAAAAUGGUGAAAAUUUGUUGCAUCGGAGCUGGAUACGUCGGCGGUCCGACCAUGGCCGUCAUUGCCCUGAAAUGUCCCAACAUUCAAGUAGCUGUCGUGGACAUAUCCACCGCUAGAAUCAAUGCCUGGAACAGUGAUACACUCCCCAUCUACGAGCCAGGUCUCGACGAGGUGGUCAAAAAAUGCCGAGGUAAAAACCUGUCAUUCAGUACCGAUGUCGAGAAACAUGUCGCCGAGUCCGACAUAGUGUUUGUCUCCGUCAACACCCCGACGAAAACCCAAGGUCUCGGAGCUGGGAAAGCCGCCGAUUUGACCUACUGGGAGAGCGCCGCUCGUAUGAUCGCUGAUGUAGCGAAAUCGAACAAGAUCGUGGUCGAAAAAUCGACGGUGCCCGUUAAAACAGCCGAGGCGAUCGAGAAGAUUUUGACCCACAAUAGCAAAGGGAUCAACUUUUCGAUACUUUCGAACCCUGAAUUCCUCGCUGAAGGCACUGCGAUUAGUGAUUUACUUAACCCUGAUCGUGUUCUUAUCGGUGGCAGGGAAACCCCGGAAGGUAAAAAGGCUAUUGAAGCAUUGAGGGAUGUGUAUGCACAUUGGGUCCCCGUGGAUCGUAUCUUAUGCACCAACCUGUGGUCUGCUGAGCUUUCCAAGCUGGCUGCUAAUGCGUUUUUGGCUCAGAGGAUCUCGUCGGUCAACGCCAUGUCGGCGUUAUGCGAGGCGACCGGCGCCGAUGUGAGCCAAGUGGCUCAUGCUGUUGGGAAAGAUACGAGGAUAGGACCUAAGUUCUUGAAUGCUAGUGUUGGUUUUGGUGGAUCUUGUUUCCAAAAGGAUAUCCUCAACUUAGUUUACAUAUGUGAGUGCAAUGGGCUCCCUGAGGUGGCCACUUACUGGAAACAAGUGAUUAAGGUGAAUGACUACCAGAAAACCCGGUUCGUAAACCGGAUUGUGUCGUCGAUGUUCAACACGGUGUCGGGGAAAAAGAUCGCGGUGCUGGGAUUCGCAUUCAAGAAGGACACGGGGGACACGAGGGAAACCCCGGCGAUUGAUGUGUGCAAAGGGCUGAUAGGGGACAAGGCCAAACUGAGCAUAUACGACCCACAAGUGAACCAAGACCAGAUUCAGAGGGAUCUUUCGAUGAAGAAAUUCGACUGGGACCAUCCGGUCCAUCUUCAGCCGAUGAGCCCUACUUCGGUGAAGGACGUAAGUGUGGUUUGGGAUGCAUAUACUGCAACAAAGGAUGCUCAUGGGAUUUGCAUUCUCACCGAGUGGGACGAGUUUAAAAACCUGGAUUACCAGAAGAUUUUCAAUGACAUGCAGAAGCCGGCCUUCGUGUUCGAUGGCCGGAACGUCGUCGACGCAGAGAAGCUGCGGAAAAUUGGAUUCAUCGUCUAUUCCAUUGGGAAGCCAUUGGAUGAUUGGCUUAAGGACAUGCCAGCUGUGGCUUAGAGAUUUUCUGAACCAAACUUGUUUCAAGGUUGGGCUACUCUAUAUAUAUGUUUUUCCUAUUGCAUUUGAUUCGCAUCUAGUUUUAAGAUUCUAUUACCUGAGACUGUGUUGUCUCUGGGUUUGUCUUUUAGCCGGUAGAAUCUCUGAUUUGUAUUGGCUUUAAUGUAAUAAAAUAUUUACCACUCAGCAGUUUUUCAAA